UCGGACACUUCUGUGAUCACCAGCAAACUCACAGUCCUGACAUCAUGGUGAAUCUCAAUGCUGAGGAGAAGAGCAUUAUCUGUAGCCUAUGGGGCAAGCUGAAUGUAGAAGAGACUGGAGGUGAAGCCUUGGGCAGGCUUCUUGUUGUUUACCCCUGGACUCAGAGAUUCUUUGACAGUUUUGGCAACAUGUCCUCUUCCUCUGCCAUCAUGGGCAACCCCAAGGUCAAGGCUCAUGGCAAGAAGGUGCUGACCUCCUUUGGAGAGGCCAUUAAGAACCUGGACAACCUCAAGGGUGCUUUUGCUAAGCUGAGUGAGCUGCACUGUGACAAGCUGCAUGUUGAUCCUGAGAACUUCAAGCUCCUGGGUAACGUGCUGGUGAUUGUUCUGGCCUCUCACUUUGGCAAGGAAUUCACCCCUGAGGUUCAGGCUGCCUGGCAGAAGCUGGUCUCUGGUGUUGCCAAUGCUCUGGGCCACAAGUACCACUAAACCCUCCUUCCUAUUCACCAGUGUU